CGAGUGGCGGAGCAGCAGCUCUCUCUCUCCCUCUUCGGAGCGCGAAGGACGAUAGGUUAGGUUUGCUCGCGGCGAUGGCGGCGUUAAAGGGCCUGGGUAGGAAUAUCCCCUACUUGAGGCAACAGGCGGCGGCCUUGCUGGGCAACACCAGCACCAGUGUCAAAUUCAUCUGCGUGGUGGUAUUGUUCUCGUAUUGUUUGUCCUUCUCCGAGGAGGCGGUGCGCAUCUUGAGCGUGACGCCAGGUUACCUGCUGCCGCCGGUCUUCUGGUUCUGGACGGCCUUUACCUUCUGCUUCCUGGAGAUACAUUUCUGGGAAGUAUGCGUGGACAUCGUGACCGUCGGUCUGUGCGGAAAGUUGAUCGAGCCGUUAUGGGGCGCCUUCGAGAUGAUGACGUUUUUCGCCAUCGUCAAUUUCGGAGUCGCCGUCCUCUCCGCACUCUUCUACCUGUUCCUCUACAUGUGCACGAACAACCCAGACCUGCUCUUCAGCAUACAUAUACAUGGCUUGGCUGGCUACAUUGCAGGAGUCGCAGUGGCAGUGAAGCAGAUAAUGCCAGACCACAUCUUAAUCAAGACACCAAUUGGAAAGAUCACAAACAGAAAUAUACCCUUGAUGGUCUGGAUUGUGGGAUUGAUAUUAUGGCUCGUCGGAUUGUUAGAGGGUACUCAUCCGACUAUGUUUCUCAGCGGACUGUUGAUAUCGUGGAUAUAUCUGAGAUUUUAUCAAAAGCAUAACAAUGGCAGUCGAGGCGAUAUGGCAGAUAAUUUUACAUUUGCAAGCUUUUUUCCAAAUGUCUUGCAACCACCGAUAGCAGUAGUCAGUAAUACCAUACACGGAUUUUUCGUGCGUAUUGGACUUUGCCGAAAGGUAGUCAGAAGGUUUGACAUGUCCAACACGCCACCUGGUUUGGUUAUUAAUCUUCCCGGCAUCGAUCCUCACGAUAGCGAACGACGCAGGCAAAUAGCAUUAAAAGCGCUGAGCGAGAGAUUAAACAGAGAUCACGCGAAACCUUGGCAACCGGACAGGGCUAAGAAACACUCUCCGGUUCCUCCUGCGGUUUCCAUACCGAUACCCGAAUCCGCUACGCCGAAACCACUUGCGUCUCCGCUUAUUCCGCAAGUCAAUGUCAAUAUACACAAUCAUCCCAGUAAUAGUAAUACGUGAUUAUGCGAGACUGACUGAUUUCAAUAGGUUUAUAAAUUAUGUUGGGAUGCUUCUAAAAAAGUAAAUAUAAGUUUAAGAUGGAUUUGUAAUAUGGCUAUACUCAAUAAUGGGUCUAAAUCUUAUUUUUUUUAAAUCGUGUAUCUAUGAAUGAAACGCGUUUACUGCUGAUUUAUUAUGCUGAAAUUUUAAGUAUUUGUGUACACAGUUAAAACUAUUGUCAUUAUAAAAUACUGCUAACCGCUCUUAAGCAAAUGCUGAGUGCACGUUCCAUUAUUUCUGCGGAACUUUGUCUUAAUUUCCCAUUGGUCAAGAAUAAUCAAAGGUAAAUGAAGAAAUUUUUUAGAAAGAUACUAAAUAUACUGCCAUUUUAAAGAAAUCAAAUUAAAAAAUAUAAAUGAUUAUUUUGUUUCGCUUCGACAUUCUGUUUUUGAUAACAUGAUAAUAUUCUUUUGUCGUGUGUGUGUGUGUAUGUAUGCAUAUGUAGAGAAUUAUCGGAUUUCAUACUCAACACUCCUUAUUGAUUAUUAUGCCAUAUUAGUGACGGUUAAUUAAAAAAUAUAAUCUCAGAUUUUUUAAAAUAUAAGAUCAAUCUUUGCAUCUCUAGUGAGAUGUUAUUUUCCAAGAAACGAAAGGAUGUUCUUUGUUAGUAAAAAUUGUGAAAGACUAAUGAAUGAUGUAAAAAUUUUGACAUCUCCAUAAAGAAACGAUUUUAUGAGUUUAUAGUGUAAACUCUUUGACUUUUUAAAGUAUAUAUAUAUAUAUAUAUUAUUUCGUGAAAAAGUCCGAUGACGAUUUACUAACAUAAAAUAACUAGACGCUUUUAGUGCAAUACAGCGACGUAAUUCUGUUAAGAAAAUUAAGAACUGAAGAAAGUGCGAACGGAUUUAAUAUCUUACUUUAUAAUAAAUUUUGUACCGCUAAAAUGCAGUAGGAUAUCUUGCUGUUAACUUACGCGUGUAUCUUGCGAUCACCUAACUGUCAUGAAAAUAUCGAGAGUAUUACAUCCACAUCUCAAUCUAGGUAACAUAUUUUUUUAAUAAAACAAGAUCAUUAUAAUCAGCUUAGCUUACAGCGUUUAUUUACAGCUACAUUGUAAAUUCUACUUCUUUAUUACAAUUUCUAGCUAGUGACAUUAUCAAAAUGUAUAAAACUUUCAGCUUCAAUAGCAGAAUUUCAUUUUCUAUAGAGUUAUUUACUUUAUACAAAUGUAUAUUUAAUGUUAUAAAAUGUGCAUAACAACUUUUUCCUUCAUUCAUAGAUACAGUUAUGUCUAUAUAAGUGUGAAAGUGUGUGGGAAAAAUAAUUUUGGAUAAUAAUUAUUAUUAUAGUUAGAAUAAUGAAUAAUGGGGGAAUAUGAUGUAUAUAUAAAAUUUCACGAUUGCGAUUUGUAAAUAACGUAAAGAUCGAUGUAAAAGGGAACAAGAUAUUAAAAAGGGGCAGUGAUUACAUAUAAUGGUAUAUAUAAAUAUAUAACGAAUGAAAUUAAAAACUAUUUUUAUGUAUGACGCGAUAAUAUAUUGGAAGUAUGUAUAGAUGCAUUUUCAGAAAUUUUGGCCUUCCAUUCAUGCAACACCGUUGACGAAUCUUUUAAGUACUUUUGUUACGAGUAUUUAAUCAAUAUUUAUUAUUGCAUAUAUAUAUAUAUAUAUAUAUAUACGUGCUGAAAAGAAUGAAAGACCAAAAUUGAUUGAAUGAAUGGAGACGAAUACUUGUUGAAUUCACACAAAAGGCAUGUUUUAUGAAUCUAAUGUGUAUAACAAUAAUUAUUAUAUGUAUAUGUACAUGUUAUAUAUCAUUAGUUUUGUACAUAAGUUACACUCGCGUUACAAUCUGUACAAUAUUAAAUUCUACUGACAAAAUA